GGCCAAAUUUUCCUUAUCAAUGUAAAUAAGCAAUAUAUGCUGUAUAACAACAUAAUCUUGAUAACCAGUAAAAGUGAUCCUACGUUAAUUAGAUGGCUGAAUCUGCAAGAGUACUAUCUAUUCAAAGCCACAUCGUGCAUGGGUAUGUGGGAAAUAAAUGUGCAACAUUUUCUUUACAGGUGUUGGGCUUUGAAGUUGAUCCAAUUAAUACAGUACAUUAUUCGAAUCACACAGGACGCAGUAUAGUAAAGGGUCAAAUUUUAACAGAAAAUGAAUUAAGUGAGAUUGCAAAAGGUUUAUCUUUAAAUAAAUUGGAUAACUGUUACACCCAUUUACUCACAGGAUAUGUCCCCACUUCGACCCUUUUAUUACGAAUAGUGGAUUUAAUUAAACAUCUGAAAUCUAUCAACCCAAAUCUUAUAUACGUCUGUGAUCCGGUGAUGGGGGAUGAUCAGAAACUUUAUGUUCCUGAAGCAUUAGUGCCAAUUUAUAAAAACUUUGUGGUUCCUCUAGCUGAUAUUGUUAUCCCUAAUCAGUACGAAACGGAACUAUUAACUGACAAAAAGAUAUCUUCUUUAAGUGAUGUUCAAGAGUGUAUAAACGUUUUACAUGAAAAAGGCCCGAAAGUUGUUAUCUUAUCGUCAUUUCAAUUAGGAAACAACAAUAGUUUAUUAUCGAUUGCCAGUUUAAAGCAUGGAGAUUUAAGAGAAGAACUUGUUAUUGAAAUUCCUCGAAUAUCGGGAUCUUAUACAGGCACGGGAGACCUUUUUGCCGCUUUAUUUUUGGCGUGGAUGUAUAAGACCAAUAACUGCCUUAAAGAGUCAUUAGAAAAGACUAUUGCAACGUUACAGGCUAUUUUAAAACGAACCUUCAAUAACACUCAAGAUAGAGGUGAUAAUGAAGAACAUACAGAACUACAAUUAAUUCAAAGCAAAGAUGAUAUUGAAAAUCCAAAAGUUGAAAUACGAGCCCGAAGGAAUAGCAAAUAUAAUAAAUUGUGAUAUACACUUGUUAUACUGCGUGACAGUUUUCUCGAAACAUCCUCAUAUUUCUAUUUAAAUUGAAUAAAAUAUAAUAGUAUAAAAAUAUAUAA